CUCUUAGAUUCUCCCAUCUCCACAAACAGCAAGAAAUGGGCGCCGGUGGUCAAAGGCCCGUCACCGCACCAAGGAAGAAGGAAGGAGAAGAACAAAAACAUGAGGUCCUUCAGAGAGUCCCAUACUCCAAGCCCCCCUUCACACUAGGCGAAAUCAAGAAAGCCAUCCCAGCCCAUUGCUUCAAACGCUCUGUUCUUCGUUCCUUCUCCUACUUGGUUUAUGAUCUCACCAUAGUCUCCAUCCUCUACUACGUCGCCACAACCUACUUCCACCGCCUCCCAACACCGCUCUCCCUCGUCUCCUGGCUCAUCUACUGGGUAGUCCAAGGCUGUGUCCUCACGGGCAUCUGGGUCAUCGCCCACGAGUGCGGCCACCACGCCUUCAGCGACCAUCAAUGGCUUGAUGACACCGUGGGCCUCAUUUUCCACUCUUGCCUCCUCGUCCCUUACUUCUCCUGGAAGUACAGUCACCGUCGCCACCACUCCAAUACCGGUUCCCUCGAGCGCGACGAGGUGUUUGUACCCAAGCCCAAAUCCAGCCUCCCUUGGUACUCCAAGUAUCUCAACAACCCACUUGGCCGGGUCCUCGCCCUCACCAUCACCCUAACCCUCGGCUGGCCUCUCUACUUGGCCUUCAAUGUCUCCGGCCGCCACUACGACCGUUUCGCCUGCCACUACGACCCUCACGGCCCCAUCUACUCCGACCGCGAGCGUCUCCAGAUCUAUAUCUCCGACGCCGGUGUUCUCGCCGUCUCGUAUGUGUUGUUCCGCCUCGUAGCUGCCAAAGGCCUGGCUUGGGUGGUAUGCGUGUAUGGAGUACCAUUGUUGAUCGUGAAUGGUUUCUUGGUACUGAUAACCUACUUGCAGCACACUCACCCGGCGCUGCCCCACUAUGAUUCGUCGGAAUGGGAUUGGUUGAGAGGAGCAUUGGCGACGAUGGACAGGGACUAUGGGGUGUUGAACAAAGUGUUCCAUAACAUCACCGACACUCACGUUGCUCACCAUCUGUUCUCGACAAUGCCUCAUUACAAUGCAAUGGAAGCGACAAAGGCUAUCAAGCCCAUACUUGGGGAUUACUACCAGUUCGAUGGAACACCAAUCUACAAGGCAAUGUGGAGGGAGGCCCGGGAAUGUGCGUACGUGGAGCCUGAUGAUAGUACAAAGAACAAAGGUGUCUUCUGGUACAGCAACAAGUUUUGAGUUUUUUUGUUUUAA